UUGCCGGCGGCCCCUAAGGGUGCGCUGCCCUUCCUUCCGUUUCCCGAACUCUGCCGCCCCGCACCUGAAGAGAGCCGCGUGGUGGCCGCCGGGUUGCCUCUGGGGCAUGGAGGACGACGACGACGCGGAGAGUCCGCGCGUCCCCACGAGCUGCUACCCCGCCAUCCAGCGUGUCAGCAUUGCGGUGGAUGAGACGAACGUCCUGCCGGGGGCUCUGCAGCUGAUCCGAAAGCUGAGACCACAAUGGGAGACCGAGCGAGUUAAAACCAAGGUCUUCACCGAAGGCAUUACCAACAAGCUCAUGGCUUGCUUCACGGAUGAGAACAUGAGGGACGCGGUCCUGGUGCGGGUCUAUGGCAGGAAGACAGAGCUUAUCGUGGACCGGGCUAAUGAGCUGAGGAACUUCCAAGUGCUUCAAGACCACGGUUGUGCCCCCAAUCUCUUCUGCACCUUUGAGAAUGGCUAUUGCUACGAGUUCAUGCCGGGGAAGGCACUGGGACCGGAACAUAUCCGGCAGCCAAAUAUGUUCAGGCUAGUAGCCCAAGAAAUGGCAAAAAUGCACAGGAUUUGCACCAAUGGGAGUCUCCCCAAGCCCUGUCUGUGGCACAGACUGUACAAGUACUUUAACAUUGUGAAAACGGAGUUUGCCAGAAAGGCAUCACAUUCCAGCCUCCAUCAGGAAGUGCACAUUCCCAGCCUAGAGGUGUUAGAAGAAGAGAUUCGCUGGAUGAAGGACCAUCUAUCCCAGCUCCGCUCUCCAAUAGUCUUUUGCCACAAUGACCUUUUGAGCAAGAACAUCAUCUACAACAAGGCAGAAGGUCAUGUCCGGUUCAUAGAUUAUGAAUAUACCGGCUACAACUAUCAAGCGUACGACAUUGGGAAUCAUUUUAAUGAAUUUGCAGGGCUGAAUGAGGUGGAUUACAGCUUGUAUCCCUGCAAGGAGGUCCAGCUGCAGUGGUUGAGAUACUACCUGCAGGCUUAUAAGAAGCUAAGCCAGGAGGACCAGGGAGGAGGAGGAGGAGGAAGCAAAAGCAGAGGAGGGAGCGGAGCUGUGACUGAAGAAGAGCUGGAGAGCCUCUAUGUGCAAGUGAACCAGUUCGCACUAGCCUCCCAUUUCCUGUGGGCUUGCUGGGGCCUGAUUCAAGCCCAAUUCUCUACCAUAGACUUUAAUUUUGCCAGGUACGCAGACAUAAGAUUUAAACAGUACUUUAAAACAAAACCUGUGGUGACAUCCCUCAAAAUGUCAAAGUGAGGUUAAAGUCCAAAGAGUUGUCUAGUCCUCAAGAUUCCAUACUUAUUUUCUCUGGUGUAGAGCACCUGCCACCCUGUCCUCCUGCAGCUGCUGAGCGGUCAGACAUCAAGAAACAAGGAUGGAAAAGGAAAGCACACCUCCUAUGAAGCCAAAAAAAAUUAAACCAGGCCCCUGGGACACGGCUGUGCCACCCAUGGAUUAUCUGUCACAUGCUGCUUUCGGAAGGUGAUGUUAGGACAUGGCUGCUGGAGAGAGAUUUCCUUCAAAGAGUCUGGGGUAUUAAGGGAUGCUUCAAGUGCUUCUAGGCUUUACAGAAUGGGAGGCAAAGAGUGAAUGGGGGUGGGGUG